AUGAUGAUGGAGCUGUGCGGCCCUAGUCUGUGGCAUCGAUUGAUCAAGGGAGGGCCGCUGGGCGAGAAGGAGGCCGCCAAGACCAUCCAGCUUCUGGCGGAGGCGCUCAAGGUGAUACAUACCAGUGGCAUCGUCCACCGGAAUCUCAAGCCGAAGAACAUCUUCGUCAAGCUGGACGCUCUUGCCGUGCACGAUGGAGACUUUGGAGUGGCCACGGACGACCCCAAGGAGAUGUCGCAGUACUGUGGAACCGGGAAGUAUAUGGCCCCGGAGAUGACGAGCUGUAAGAGUGGUCAUGGUGACUCAAGGUUGCAGAGCUUUUACACUACAGACAUCGACAUGUGGGAGUUGCUGAGAGGCUACAAGCAAUCCAGGGAGAUCGAGUUGUUGCGAGCCGGGGAAUUCCCGGAUGGUUGUCCUCUCUCAGACGAGGUGGAGGAUCUCAUCUGCGGGAUGCUGGCUGUGGAGCCGAGCGAGAGGUUGAUGCUGGAUGGUGUGCUGGAUCAUCCCUGGAUCGUGGAGUAUUGCAGCAGUAAGAUCAAGAAGACGAUUCACAGGAGGAGGCGCUGUGGAGUGAAGAGGAGUGCUCCCGGUUUUAGUAGCAACUUGGUUGUGAAGAAAGUUCGAGCAGCGUGA